AAUGGAACUGAAUGCAACGAGUCUGAGAGAGCUUGAGUUGACCCUGUGAGAGAUUCAGCACCGGCAGAGGAGCCAGGAUGAAGCUCCAUAAGAAGAUUCUGACCCAUUUCCUAUCAUGCACCUCUCCAGUGGAUAAGGAGGGAUAUCUCUACAAAAAGAAGGAGAGAAAUGCUACCUAUUAUCGACGGUGGUUCGUCCUGAAAGCUAACCUGCUCUUCUACCAGGAGCGGCCAGCUGAUCGACACCUACUGGGUGUCAUCGUGUUGGAGGGGUGCAAAGUUCAGAUGUUAGAGUCUGAUGGGUUUUUCCCCUUCUCCCUGGAGUUUGGGCCUGGACUCAAAACCUACAGGUUUGCAGCAGGAGAUGCUCAGACCCAGGGAUGCUGGGUGAAAGCGCUGUUCCUGGCCAGCCACUGUUACCUCUCCUGUCUCCUCAGAGACCUGGAGAGGCAAUAUGAAGGGGCUAAACAGCAGCAAGGAUCUAGUGACUCCCGCUCUUCCAUCAAAUCCCUCAAUCCUCCCAUUAACAGCCUCCUGGUACCUACCCUGGGACCACUAGCAGUGGUCAGGGAGGGGAGAAGCUUUAGCGCCAGCGCUGCUUUACCACCACACCCGUUACCAACUAAGGUGGCAGCUAAAAAGUCCCCCAAAAAGUGGCAGAAGAGGAACGCUUACGUGACCCCUCUCAACGGACCCGCGCCUCUGUACGGCGAGUGGCCUUUGGUGGGGUCCGAUCCACUCGUGGAGUUCAGCAAACUGCACGACUAUUAUGGCCAGGAGGUUCAAAAGGCAAGAGAGGCGUGGCUGAGAAGUCGACGAACAGAGGAGGACCACAGUGAAAAAGAUCUCAUCGAUCUGGGCUAAAGAUAAAAAACGGCUUUUCAAAGGGAACUGAGACGAAGUUAUUCAUUUGUGUCAAACAGGAACUGAACCUAAACCUGAAGCACUGUGAGUUAUACUGUACUAAAUUUCACUGCGGUUAAGACUCAGGCACCACCUGGUUUGUGUUGAAUGUUCGACGUUUUCUUGACUUGACAGAGAGACAACACAAAUGUAAAAAAAAACCCGACUGAUCCCUGUUGCGCCUGUAUGGCUGUUGGAUAAUUAUUAGAAAGCAUAAAGUGUGUUUAGUGCAUUUGCACCUCUUUAAAGGAAGGUUAAACA